AAAUUCUAUAAUUUAUCUAAUAAAAUAAUUAGUAUCCAUGAAUAUUUAUCAUUUCAUAUGGGAAAAUUAACAAUCCAUCAUAAUAAUAAUAAUAAUAAUAAUAAUAAUACAAUUGGAUUAAAUUCUAGCUUAGUUACAUGUUCAUUAUUUCCAAUAAAACGAUUAAUGAUUAUCAAUCAAUUUAUUUAAAUGUUAUUGAACAAAUUUAUCAUGGUUAUCAAUCAAAAUGGCCAAUGUUUAUGGUAAUGUGUCAACCAAAACAAAAUAUAUUACUUUUACAAUCUUAUUUAAAUUGGAAUAAUACAAAAUUAAAUCAAAUUGAACGUUUAUUUAUAUGUGGUUCAUAUCAAAACAAUAUAAAACAAAUCAAAUCAAAUAGGACAUUGACUAAAAUGAAACAAAAUAAAUUAAUGUUUAAUAUAUUACUUUUAGGUAUAGAUUCUAUAUCACGUUUAUCAGCAUAUAGAUAUUUAACUAAAACAAUGAAAUUUCUUCAAUCAAUUAAUGAAAGUUCAAUUAUAAUGAAUUUAUAUAAUGUAAUUGGUGAUGGUACUACAGUAAAUUUAUUAGGACUUUUAACUGGACAAUUAGAAUCAGAAUUACCAGAAUCAAGAAAAUCUCAUAUGAAUAUAAAUAAAAAUAAUUUAUUAUUAAAUAAAUCUAAUAAUUAUACAAUAUUAGAUAAUUAUCCAUGGAUAUGGAAAGAAUAUACAGAUUAUGGAAAUUAUGUGACACAUUAUAUUGAAGAUACACCUAAAUGGGGUACAUUUCAGCAUAGAUUAUGUGGUUUCGGUUCAGUUAAUAGUCCAACAACUAGUUAUGGACGUCCAUGUUUAAUAGCAGCACAUCAAGAAGAAAAUUAUUCUGGGAAAAUACUUGGAUGUACAAUGUCAAGAUAUACCCAUCAAGUUCUUUUAGAAUCUCUUACAGAAUUUUUCGAAACCUAUUCAGAUAGACCGCGUUUCAGUUUAACAUUCUUAAGUGAAUUAAUACAUGAGAAUCCAGCAUAUGUAAAACUUAUAGAUGAAGAUCUAUCGAAAUUAAUUCAACGGAUUUACUAUGAAGAUUUGAUGUUCAAUGGUAGAAAUAUGAAGGCAUCGAGUAGCUCAAGCUAUCCAUUUGCGAAUACAUUGGUAGUAUUAUUCUCUGAUCAUGGACCACGUAUGGGUGAUGCACGACUUUCAGUUCAAGGUAAAUUAGAAGAAAGAUUACCAUUUAUGUCAAUUAUUGCACCGAAAUUAUUCAAAGAAAAAUGGUCUAUUCAAUGGGAUAAUAUAAAAUAUAAUCAAAAUAGAUUAAUUACUUUAUUUGAUUUACAUGCAACAUUACGUGAUUUAUUAAUGAAUCAAUUAAAAUUACAUAAUAAUAAUAAUAUUGAUUUUAUUAAAAUAUUUAAUAAAAUUCAUAGGAAUUGGCAAAUUAAUCCUUCACAUGGGUUAUCUUUAUUUAAUAAAAUACCAUUAAAUCUACAAAUGUAA